AUGAUUGUAAGACUAUUGGAGAAAACUAUAGGCUACAAGUUACUUAUGGCAAAAAUGAUUAAGAUUUGGGGUCUUCAAGUUGAUUUCGAAGCCCUAGAUGUAGGAAAUGGAUUCUUUAUAGUCAAGUUUGACUUGAUAGAUGAUUAUACCAAAGUAUACACUGGAGGUCCAUGGCUAGUGAUGGAUCACAAUGUAAUAGUGAGGAAAUGGCAACAAGAUUUCAAGUCAAAUGAAGCUGAAGAGGAUACCAUAGCAAUAUGGGUGAGGUUUCCCACCUUACCCAUUGAGUACUAUAACGAGAAGGCCCUUUUCCACAUUGCUAAAGUGCUAGGAGUUCCUUUGAAGGUUGACAUUAACACAGCUAUGGCAGCAAGAGGGAAAUAUGAUAGAGUUUGUGUAGAAAUGGACCUCAGAAAGGUUAGGCACCGGAGGGAAAGCUGUAGUGACAGAACUAUGUCUGCAAUCAAAGCACCAGGGCAAGAGGUGGUCGGAGAAGAAAGCCAUGUGAAGAAAGCCUAA